AAGUGUGUAUCCAAAGACUUUACUGUUCUAAUAGUUGGAGUCUGUUUUGCUAAUUGUAGUGUGCGAGUCAGCACCAGGGGCAUAGUGAGGCUGAUGGAAGCUUCCUCAGGUGAGUGAGCUUCACAGUCAGAAUGAGGUGCCUGUUCCUCAGGGCUAGAUUCUGCUGCAGGUUUAUGAGUUAGACUUUCAGCCUGCAUGAAUUAGUAGGGAUAUUUUUUUUUUUACGUGCAUAAUUGUAAUUGAUUUAAACAUGUAUGUCAGAAUUCACAGGCCCAUACUAACUGUCCUUAAUUUCUUUCCUACAGCAGUACUGCUAUAUGCCAGUCCUGUCUGCAUUCUUAAGGGUGCAGCUCAACACAUCCUCUCUAGAUUAUGGUGAAAAAGUAUCCCAAAGGAAGUCUUAGAUGAGCUAGUGUCAGAAAGAAUGACACUGCCAAUUGGGCAUGGUCUUCAGCAUAGGAAAUGUCUUAGAAUUUUAUAGUGUGUUUUUUUUUUUUCCUGAGUUAUGAUGCUAUACUACUGGUAUAGCUGAUUAUCACAUUCUAAGGCAUAAUGUGCCUCUUUGAAUCUUGUUAUAUAUUCUUUGGGCUUCUUUAAGAUAUUCUGAAGUUUGUAGUGCAAAUACUAAAACUUUAACCAAGAGACUAACACAUCUCUUUGUACACCACUUUUCUUCUGUUUGCAACUUAAUAAUGUAGAAGUAAUAUAUUUAAGUUAUAUGUUUCCAUAUAUAAUUUGUACUUUCUAAGAAAUAAAAAAAUAUGAUUCUGGGUCAGUAAAUCUUUAAAAAGCAUGAAGCCCUUUUUUUAGUAAUGUGACAUCAGAGUGCGAUUAUAGGUAUGUUUUUUAAAAUGAGCUUUUCUAAAGUACAACUGUUUUAGAACACUGAAGAACUUACCUAGUCAUAGUUAUUUGUAGUCAGGAUUUUAACAGCUUGCAACAGGUAAUGUUUUGCAUAUAUCUUUCCAAAGUGUUACUAAUGGUAAAGAGAUAAUUUUCUAGGCUUCUAUUCUGCUGCUUGAAGUCAGAACUGCUGAUGGAGACAAAGGCACGAAAGUGAGGGAAGACCCCUGACCCUAAGAUGAAUGCUCGGACUUACAUGGAUGUAAUGCGAGAACAGCACUUGACUAAGGAGGAGAGAGAAAUUAGGCAGCAGCUAGCAGAGAAAGCUAAAGCUGGAGAACUGAAAGUUGUCAAUGGAGCAGCAGCGUCCCAGCCUCCCUCAAAGCGAAAGCGGCGCUGGGAUCAGACUGCUGAUCAGACUCCUGGUGCCACUCCCAAAAAGCUGUCCAGUUGGGAUCAGGCAGAGACCCCUGGCCAUACCCCUUCUUUAAGAUGGGAUGAGACACCAGGUCGUGCAAAAGGAAGUGAAACUCCUGGAGCAACCCCUGGCUCAAAAAUAUGGGAUCCCACGCCAAGCCACACACCUGCAGGAGCUGCUACUCCAGGCCGAGGUGACACACCUGGCCAUGCAACCCCGGGCCAUGGAGGCGCAACUUCCAGUGCUCGUAAAAACAGAUGGGACGAGACCCCGAAAACCGAGAGAGAUACUCCUGGUCAUGGAAGUGGAUGGGCCGAGACUCCUCGAACAGAUCGAGGUGGAGAUUCAAUUGGUGAAACACCGACUCCUGGAGCCAGUAAAAGAAAGUCCCGCUGGGAUGAGACGCCAGCCAGUCAGAUGGGUGGAAGCACUCCUGUUCUGACCCCUGGGAAGACACCAAUUGGCACACCAGCCAUGAACAUGGCCACCCCAACACCAGGUCACAUAAUGAGUAUGACUCCUGAGCAGCUCCAGGCUUGGAGGUGGGAGAGAGAAAUUGAUGAGCGAAACCGCCCACUCUCUGAUGAAGAAUUGGAUGCCAUGUUCCCAGAAGGAUACAAGGUACUUCCACCGCCAGCUGGGUAUGUUCCCAUUCGAACUCCAGCCCGGAAGCUGACAGCAACUCCAACACCGUUAGGCGGAAUGACUGGUUUCCACAUGCAGACAGAAGACAGAACUAUGAAAAGUGUUAAUGAUCAGCCGUCUGGCAAUCUUCCAUUUUUAAAACCUGAUGAUAUUCAGUACUUUGAUAAACUCUUGGUUGAUGUUGAUGAAUCAACACUUAGUCCAGAAGAGCAAAAAGAGAGAAAAAUAAUGAAGCUGCUUUUAAAAAUUAAAAAUGGGACACCUCCAAUGAGAAAGGCUGCGUUGCGUCAGAUCACUGAUAAAGCGCGCGAGUUUGGAGCUGGGCCUCUGUUUAAUCAGAUUCUUCCCCUGCUGAUGUCUCCUACACUUGAGGACCAGGAGCGCCAUUUACUCGUGAAAGUCAUUGAUAGGAUAUUGUACAAACUGGAUGACUUAGUACGGCCCUAUGUACACAAGAUUCUUGUGGUCAUUGAACCAUUGUUGAUUGAUGAAGAUUACUAUGCAAGAGUGGAGGGCCGAGAGAUCAUUUCUAAUUUAGCAAAGGCUGCUGGUCUGGCUACUAUGAUCUCCACCAUGAGACCUGACAUAGACAACAUGGACGAGUAUGUCCGUAACACGACAGCUCGAGCCUUCGCUGUGGUAGCCUCUGCGCUUGGCAUUCCUUCUUUAUUGCCAUUCUUAAAAGCUGUUUGCAAAAGCAAGAAGUCGUGGCAAGCCCGACACACGGGUAUUAAGAUUGUGCAGCAGAUAGCUAUCCUUAUGGGCUGUGCCAUCUUGCCUCAUCUCAGGAGCUUAGUUGAAAUCAUUGAGCAUGGUCUCGUGGAUGAGCAGCAGAAGGUGCGAACCAUCAGUGCGUUGGCCAUUGCCGCCUUGGCUGAAGCAGCUACUCCGUAUGGUAUCGAGUCUUUUGAUUCUGUGCUGAAGCCUUUAUGGAAGGGUAUCCGCCAACACAGAGGAAAGGGUUUGGCUGCCUUCUUAAAGGCUAUUGGGUAUCUUAUCCCCCUCAUGGAUGCAGAAUAUGCCAACUACUAUACCAGAGAAGUGAUGUUAAUCCUUAUUCGAGAAUUCCAGUCUCCUGAUGAAGAGAUGAAGAAAAUCGUGCUAAAGGUCGUGAAGCAGUGUUGUGGAACAGAUGGUGUAGAAGCAAACUACAUUAAAACAGAAAUUCUCCCUCCUUUCUUCAAACACUUCUGGCAGCACAGAAUGGCUUUGGAUAGAAGAAAUUACCGACAGUUAGUUGAUACCACUGUGGAGUUAGCAAACAAAGUAGGAGCAGCAGAAAUCAUAUCCAGGAUUGUGGACGAUCUGAAAGAUGAAGCUGAGCAGUACCGAAAAAUGGUGAUGGAAACCAUUGAGAAAAUUAUGGGCAACCUAGGAGCAGCUGAUAUUGAUCACAAACUUGAAGAACAGCUGAUUGAUGGCAUUCUGUAUGCUUUCCAAGAACAGACCACAGAGGACUCAGUCAUGUUGAAUGGCUUUGGCACAGUGGUCAAUGCUCUUGGGAAGCGAGUCAAACCCUACCUGCCUCAGAUCUGUGGUACUGUUCUGUGGCGCUUAAACAACAAAUCAGCAAAAGUGAGACAGCAGGCAGCGGAUUUGAUCUCUAGAACUGCCGUGGUCAUGAAGACGUGUCAAGAGGAAAAGUUGAUGGGGCACUUGGGUGUUGUGCUGUAUGAAUACCUGGGUGAAGAAUACCCCGAAGUGUUGGGCAGCAUUCUUGGAGCCCUGAAGGCCAUUGUAAAUGUGAUAGGUAUGCACAAGAUGACCCCUCCGAUUAAGGACCUGCUUCCCCGCCUCACUCCCAUCUUGAAGAACAGGCAUGAGAAGGUGCAAGAGAACUGCAUCGACCUUGUGGGGCGAAUUGCUGACAGGGGAGCUGAAUAUGUGUCUGCAAGAGAAUGGAUGAGGAUUUGCUUUGAACUUUUAGAGCUCCUAAAAGCUCACAAAAAAGCUAUUCGUAGAGCCACAGUCAACACAUUUGGCUAUAUUGCAAAGGCCAUUGGCCCUCACGAUGUGUUGGCCACACUCCUAAACAACCUCAAGGUUCAGGAAAGGCAGAACCGAGUGUGCACGACGGUGGCCAUUGCAAUUGUCGCUGAGACGUGCUCGCCCUUCACGGUGCUGCCUGCCUUGAUGAACGAGUACAGAGUCCCUGAGCUGAAUGUUCAGAAUGGCGUGCUGAAGUCACUGUCCUUCUUGUUUGAGUAUAUUGGUGAAAUGGGCAAGGACUAUAUCUACGCGGUGACACCACUACUUGAAGAUGCUUUAAUGGAUAGGGACCUUGUGCACAGACAGACGGCCAGCGCGGUGGUGCAGCACAUGUCACUUGGUGUAUAUGGCUUUGGCUGUGAGGAUUCCCUGAAUCACCUCUUGAACUAUGUGUGGCCCAAUGUGUUUGAGACGUCGCCCCAUGUGAUCCAGGCGGUCAUGGGUGCGCUGGAGGGGCUCCGGGUCGCCAUCGGACCGUGCAGAAUGCUGCAGUACUGCCUCCAGGGUCUGUUUCAUCCGGCCCGGAAAGUCCGAGAUGUGUACUGGAAGAUUUACAACUCCAUCUACAUCGGCUCCCAGGAUGCGCUCAUAGCGCAUUACCCACGGAUCUAUAACGAUGACAAGAACACCUAUAUUCGUUAUGAACUUGACUACAUCUUAUAAUGUUCUGUUGAUUUUGUGUUCAGUGCACAGCUGUUUCACCCUUAAACUUGCUUCAAUUUGGUGAUAAAAAAUUUUAAACCAUUGCAGGUCAGUAUAGAGCUGGUCCUAGAGGAAGAGCUAGAAAUCCAGUAGCAUGAUUUUUAAAUAACCUGUCUUUGUUUUUGAUGUUAAACCGUAAAUGCCAGUAGUGACCAAGAACACAGUGAUUACACACACGAUACUGGAGGGAUUUCAUUUUUAAUUCAUCUUUAUGAAGAUUUAGAAUUCAUUCCUUGUAUUUAAAGGGAAUGUUUAAAAGAGAAAUAAACAUUUGUGUACAAAAUGCUAA